AUCCGCGGCCCCAGCUAUUUACCCCGCUCUCAUGGGUCUGUCCGGCAGUGCCCCAGUAACUCGGGGGGCUGGCUGGUGUCGGGCUGCCGCGGGUACAGGAGGGUGUGGGGGAGGGGGCUCACGGGCAUUCGGCGCCUCUGCCGUGUAAAAGCGGGAGCAGCGACGUGUCCGCCUCCACGCGCGCGCGGCACCCUGCGGGGUGACAGCCCUUCCCCCAACUUCUGCCACGAUCUAGGUGAUAUCAAAACAACCUCCUCAGCGCCCGGGCCACAUGCGCACCCCAACACACUCUUUGGAGAGGUGCUGGGUGCAGGGCUAAAAGCGGAGCCCUGUGCUUUACUGCUGCUGCCCACUGGCGUCUACCAGCAGCAGUAAUCACCGAUGUGCAGGACGCUGAAUGUUCUGGCGUGAUCUCCUGAUUUGAUUGUCGCCAAGGUGCAUAAUGGAGCCCUUAACCCUUUCAGAGCCACAGCCUUCCCCACAAAACAGCUUGCCCACACCACAAAAGUACCACCAUGUCCUGGUGGGUGUUACUGGAAGUGUGGCUGCCCUGAAGUUGCCUAUUCUUGUCUCGGAAUUGCUGGAGAUUCCUGGGCUGAAAGUGCGUGUGGUAACAACCGAGAGGGCAAAACAUUUCUACAACCCCCAGGAGAUUCCUGUAACCCUCUACAGUGAUACUGAGGAAUGGCAGCUGUGGAAAGGGCGUACAGACCCAGUCCUCCACAUCGACCUGAGGCGCUGGGCCGACCUGAUGCUAGUGGCUCCUCUUGAUGCAAAUACACUGGCAAAAAUAGCAAAUGGCAUCUGUGACAACUUACUGACCUGUGUCAUCCGCGCAUGGGAUAUGACCAAACCCCUGCUGUUCUGCCCUGCUAUGAACACAGCCAUGUGGGAGCAUCCUAUUACAACUCAGCAGGUGGAGCAACUAAAGGACUUUGGCUACACAGAGAUCCCUUGUGUGGUGAAGAAGCUGGUGUGUGGGGAUGAAGGUCGAGGUGCCAUGGCAGAAGUAUGGACCAUUGUGGAGAAGGUGAAGGCGAUCCUUUCAGAGCGGGACUUGCUGACACAGAGCUGAUUCCUUGAUGUAAAUCACAUUUGCCCCCCUUCUUGACAAUUUUUCAGUGUGAGGAUGAAAGCAACGGGGAGCUGAGAUGGCAUGUGCCUCCAAGAACACUGCCAUAAGCUGAAAGAAUAAGAUGUUUGGGUUCCAGUGCCAUCAGCUGCUCUGACAUUAAAACCUCUUACAUCAUUAGAGAUCUUCCAAAACUGAAGUCAGGUUUCUGUAUAUGAUUAUUUGGGGGCCCUCUGCCAUACCUUAAACACAGUUCACAUACAAACAUCUGUAUAGAGAGGGACUUGUAUCAUACUAGGCCUCUCGAUCCUGAGUAUUUUAUAUGGAAUAGUUUUUGAAACAUUGAAAAGAGGAUUUCUAAGUUGCUCUAGGUCCAGCAUCAAGAGGAGUCAGAGAAGAGAACGGUGUAAAACAAUGGUGGGCAACCUGUGGCCCGCGGGCCGCACACGGCCUGUCAGGGUAAUCUGCUGGCGGCUGUGAGACGGUUUGUUUACAUCAACAGUCUGCAGGCACAGUCGCCCGCAGUUCCCAGUGGCCACGGUUUGCUGUUCCUGCCCAAUAGGAGCUGCGGGAAGCAGUGGCCCUCGCCGUUUCUUACAGCUUCCAUUGUCCGGGAACGGCGAACUGCGCCGGCCACCGCUUCCCGCAGCUUCCAUUGGCUGUGAACGGUGAACUGCGGCCACUGGGAGCUGCGGGUGGCCGUGCCUGUGGGGGGCCGUGCCUGCGGACGGUCUAUAUAAACAAACUGUCUUGUGGUCCACCAGCGGAUUACCCUGACGGGCCGCAGGUUGCCUACCGUUGGUGUAAAAACAUUUGUUAUGGGAAUGAUCCCAGCCUCUCCCACUAAAAGUCACUGUAGUGAAUGUUGUAAGAGCACUGGUUUUGGAAAGCUCUUACAGAAGCUGCUCUAGUCUUCACCUUUUCAGCAGUUGUUGUUUUUUAACAUCACAGGAGAAAAAAAUACAUUGAAAGAGAGCACCCAAGGCCUUGUAUUGACCUUUGCCCUUUUGUAUCCAUUGAUGUGUGGAGAUGCAGACGUCAAACAUAAACCAAAAUGAACUUUUGGCUCUGCCCAACGGUGUGCUGCAGGUCUUAGAAUCAACACGUUUGGCCACUCUGGAAAGCCUGGAGAAGCUGUUCCCAAGAGACUUUAACACUCCUUUUGAAAUUGAAAAUUAACUGCAUGAUGUGAGGAAGUUGGGAAAUCCUGACCAUGGACACCAGCCGUUAGACCUGCGAGGGCCCCACAGUUCAUCCUCCUCCUUUGAAAUGCAAUCCUUCUACCUGAAAGGGACCGGAGUGGACUGGGGAGGGUGCUGCAGUCAGCAGACCACAGGGUUUGUUUACAGAUACUAGAGUUUAUUUUUAACAAGUCACAAUCAAAUAUAAGGCCUUCUCUACAUAACCUACAUAUUAGGCAACCUUUGAGCUCCUUAGCACGAAAGGUUAUCAUGGAGUGUUUAGUUUCCUUAUCGAUGCUACACAAAUAAAAAGGCUUCUGAACUUUC